AUGUCUCAUCCGGUUACAAUUAACAAUAAACUCGGGCACGAACAACAGCAGUCGACUCCAUCCUCACCCUCAUCCGUACUCGCCUCCUCUCCCAAUCACCUUCAAUCUUCAGCUAAUCUACAUCCAUCAUGGAGCCCAUUCAAAACUCAACCGGGCUUACUCUCACCCAAUGCACCACCCUCUUCAAAUGUCUCGACUAUCCUUCCUGUAUCCUAUCAUUCUGGCUCCGCCGCAUCGCUUUCGAUUCCUAAUAGUACAAACGAACACUUAAUAAAAGAAGCGAAUGGAAAUAUAGAAACAAAGGAAAUAGAGAACGUUAAGCUGUUUAGUAAACAGUGUCUUGCAAAGAAUAGAAAACUGUUACGUGAAAUCAGAAAUGUGGUUCUAGUCAUCUUGAUAUUUAUAAUUAUUUGGUUGGCAGUGACUAGUUGCUAUGGAGAUUGUUAUGCUAAUUAA